CUAGACAACGAAAAAUGCGUUAACGAUCAACUUCCAGACUCGCCAUGUUGUAAUAAGGAACUCAUAAAGUUUAGAAAGUGUCUGACCAUGGACCCUCCAUGUCAUACCUGUGAGCCACCGGUCCCAUCAUCUUUGUUCUGUGAGAUUUGUGACAAACAUCUGUGUUCUACCUGUUGUGGAGAACAUCUCUUAGAUGAGUCUACAGAACACAAAGUGGUGGUAUUUAAAAAGCGGAAAACGACAAUUAAAUGUAAAAAACAUUCAUCAAAAAUAUGUAAACUGUUCUGUGAACAAUGCAACAUUCCCAUUUGCCCACUUUGUACGGCCUCUAAGGAACACCAAACCCACAUUGUGGAUGGCAUUAUGAAAAGUCUAGUAAACAAGAAAACUGUCUUUCAGAAAGAUUUACAAGAGUUAGAAAGCUCCAUUUAUCCGAAAUAUCAAGAACUUGCAUCUAAAAUUCCAGUCCAGAAAGACAGUCGGAACAAGAACUCAGAGAAAGUUAAAGAAGCUAUCAACAUAUUUGGAGAAAAUCUGCACAAAGAUAUUGAUUACAUGAUCGAAAAACUGAAAUCUGAACUUAAUGAAUUGGACUCAAAAGAUCUGGAUCUCCUUAAUAAACAGGAGGAUCAAAUCACAAGAAUUAUAUCAGAAAUCAUUAAGAGCAUUGCUGAUUUAAAGAAAGUACGGAACUCUAAUGAUGCCAGUCUGAUCUCCUCUUACAAAUCAAGGAAUACUGAACUCAGAAAACUACCUCCUAAACUCUCAGUUUCUUUACCAAGAUUCACCUAUCGAAAGAUCAACAAAGAACAACUUUAUCAACAUUUAUGUUUAUUGUUAAUGUGUUCUAUUGAAAAAGAAGAAUCUGGCUAUAUUACUUAUUCUCCAAGAUCUGAGCUCUCUUUCCUGGACAGACCGUUCAUUGAAGUACCAUGGAUAAUCUCAGAGAUAAUGUCUGAAAAUCAAUAUUCAUUUUGCGGGUCCUGUUUGAAUGACGGUAAAAUAUGGAUUAGUGGCUCCGACACCUCAGGCAAGGGCAUUAUGAGCCUAUACGGACACCGUAGAGAAGUGAUGAAGUCAACCCAAACCAAGUCAGGGGAGUUGCCAGGUGACUUAGCAGUAACACAAAAUCGGGAACUACAUUAUACUGAUUACCAUGAUAAAACUGUUAACAUGGGAAGGUUUACACCGCCAAAUAGCAUAAUUGUAUUUCAGGGGUGGCGACCAAGGGGGCUCUGUGUUACCCCUUCUAGUGAGCUUCUUGUUGUCAUUGACAGUGACGAAUCAUGUACUGAAAAACAAACAAAAGUUGUGCGAUAUUCUAACUUAUGUAUAGAGACACAAUCUAUUCAAUACGAUGACGAAGGCAAAGCUCUAUUCUCACCAGGUGGUCAACCUAAAUUUAUCAGUGAGAACAGGAACCUAGAUAUCUGUGUAUCUGACUCUGAGGCACAUGCGAUAGUUGUUGUCAAUCAAGUUGGGAAACUCCGAUUUACGUACACUGGUCAUCCCUCAAUCAACAAAAAACCAUUCUAUCCACACGGCAUCACAACAGACAGCCAGUGUCGUAUUCUGACAACAGACUAUAACAACCACCUUAUCCACAUCUUGGACCAGAACGGACAGUUCCUCCGCUUCAUUGACAACUGUGAUUUACGGUAUCCAUACGGUCUAUGUUUAGAUUACAGAGGAAACCUUUUUGUGGUUGAAUGUUUGAGAUCUAUGGUGAAGAAAAUUCAAUAUUGCAAGUAA